CGCGUCCUACAGUGCUUCGAGCGCACGGAGCUCUCCGUCAUGGUCGACGAGCAGCGCCGCAAGCUGCUCCAUUUUGCCGUCGUCGGCGGCGGCCCCACGGGCAUAGAGCUUGCCGCUGAGCUUCACGACCUCAUCCACGAUAACCUCGCUCGCACCUACCCUGGCCUCAUGCCAUUUGUUGGCAUCACCGUCUACGACGCACCCAAGAUUCUGCCCAUGUUCGACAAGAAGCUAUCCUCCUACACCAUCGACACGUUCCGCCUGCAGGGCAUCCAUGUCAAGACUAAGCAUCACCUCCAGAGUAUCCGUCCGGAUGUGGAUGGCAAGGGUGGCCUCAAGAUCAAGAUCCAAGAGUACGACGAUUAUGAGGUUGGCGCCUCAAUGUUGGUAUGGCUCUCUAAGAAUUCCAAAGCAGCUUAUCUAAUUGAAAAACAUACAUUCUUAAACUAUACAAAGAGAGGAAAACUCUUUUAUUUAAUGCCCUAA